AGGGGUGCCAGGCCCCGCGGCAAGAUCGGUAUCCCCCCCCUCCCUGUCCCAUCGGGGCCGCCCCGUCCACCUCCCCGCCGGCGCUGGGUGCGGGCCGGCGCAGCCCCCUCCCACAGCACCUUCUCUCUGUGCCCCCCGCCCCCCUGGGGGAUCAAGUUCACGCCCGACCCACCGAUGCGGGGCCCAAUGGGGCCGGGGCCCAUCUCCAUCCGGUCCGGCCCGGCCCCGCCGCUCUCAGAGGCCCCAGCGGCGCCCCAGCAGGGAGGCAGCGGCCGGCAGCCCCCGCAUGGAGCCCUAGGGCAGCGGGCAGCAUGUUCAGCCCGGACGGGGGGCUGCCGGCCGCCCCUUUCGGCCUUCUGACCGACGCCGGACCGCCCUUUCCCCGCGGCAGCUUCGACGGGGCGCCCGCUCAGCCGCUCUUCUUCCCCUUCGCCGCCACCGCCGAGCCCGAGCCCGCCCGCGACCCGCCGCCGGCCCGCGCCUGGCUGCCCCCGCCCGCCCCCGCGCCGUCCGCCAAGGUGGAGGCACGGCCGGGCCGGCCCUGCAGCCAACCCGAGCCCGAGGCCCGCACCGCCGCUUGCUGCGGCCCGGCCUGGCCGCCUCCGCCCUGGGCCGGCCCGGCUCCCUCCGGCCCCGCCGCCCUGCCCGGGCCGCCCUUCCCUGGCCCGGCUGCCCCUGCCUUCCCUGGCCCCCAGCUCUGCCCCGCCGCGCUGCAGCCGGGCUCCGGCGGCCCGUCGGGGCUGGGCAGCAGCGGCAGCUCCAGCGGCGCCGCCAGCGAGGGCGGACACUCCAGCGACAGUGGUGAGGAGGAUGCACCAACCUCAGGAGAGCUGGAGCAGUUCGCCAAGGACCUCAAGCACAAGCGCAUCAUGCUGGGCUUCACCCAGGCUGACGUGGGGCUGGCGCUGGGCACCCUCUACGGGAAGAUGUUCAGCCAGACAACCAUCUGCCGCUUCGAAGCGCUCCAGCUCAGCUUCAAGAACAUGUGCAAGCUAAAGCCGCUGCUGCAGCGCUGGCUCAACGAGGCGGAGAACACAGACAACAUGCAAGAGAUGUGCAAUGCAGAGCAAGUACUAGCGCAAGCCCGGAAGAGAAAACGCAGGACCAGCAUUGAGACCAAUGUGAAAGGGACACUGGAGAGCUUCUUCCGCAAGUGUGUGAAGCCCAGUCCACAGGAGAUCUCCCAGAUCGCUGAGGACCUCAACCUGGAUAAAGAUGUGGUCCGGGUCUGGUUCUGCAACCGGCGUCAGAAAGGCAAACGGCUGCUGCUGCCCUACAGCAACGAGGCAGAGGGGAUGAUGUAUGACAUGAACCAGCCCCUGGUGCCCUCCACUCUGCCCAUCCCAGUGACAUCCCAGGGCUACAGCCUGGCACCCUCCCCUCCUGUCUACAUGCCGACCUUCCACAAAGCUGAGAUGUUCCCACAAGCGCUGCAGCCUGGGCUCUCCAUGAGUAACAGCAGCCACUGAACCAGGGGCUGUGGGCUCACUGCAGGUGGGCUGGGGCUCUGAGGCAGCCCCCCUUGCCUUUGGCUCACACAGGCAUAGCCCUGCUUCUGCUCGCUGGGCUGAUGUGUGCAGCUUUUGGGGUGCGAGGGGCUGAGAGCCUGACCCAGGGAUGGUGCCUGCUCUCUGCAGAUGCUCCCAGCCCUUCCCUGUUAUGUGAGCUUACUGGUCCCAGCAGUGUUGGCCCCUCUCUGACCUCUCCUGGGGGCAGCUCCUCCUGCCCCACUGCACCCUCUGAAGCCACAUGUGCCCAGGGCUCUUGAGCCUGUGCCUGGCCCCAGCCCAGCUGCUCUCCUGCGAGACGCAGAAAAAAGUAUUUUUUAGAUUUUGGGAAGGGUGGGGGGAGGUGGUGGUUUUAUUUUUUUUUUUAAAGGUUUUUGGUUGUAGUUUUUAAAAAGCAAAAAUUGUUGUAGUGAUCUAGUUUCCCAGGUGUCUCCUUCCGCCCUGUCAUGUAGAGAAUGGCUGGGGUGCCAUGCGCAGGGCCAAUGGCUCUGGUGGCUCUGCCCACCCUCCUGGGCGGCCAUGAUGAGCCAAGGGCUGGGGCAAGAAGAGAAGAUGAGCCCCCCACCACCCCUCACCCUGUGGCACAAGAGAGCUUCACUGCUCUGUGGGGCAGCUGAUAAGGCUUGUUUGGGAUGGGGGGUCCUCCCCAGUGCUUUGUGCCCAGCAUCACUCCCAAGCCCCCACCCCCCCGCUCUACAGCCGCUGUCCCCCGCCCCAUCCCAGCUGCCCAGAGACCACCUUUCCCUGGAGGGCCCAGCCCAGGGGGCUUACACCACCCUGUCCAUGCUGCUAGCACCCCACACUUUCCAGCCUGCUGUAGUUAAUGAUGAUUUUAAAUUUUUUUUGUUCUUAAUCACAUUUCCUCUGGCAGUGAAAUAAACCUCAGAGUUCUUUGA